AUGGGUUCAGAUAAGAAGAGAAAACAAGAAGAAGGUGGAGAAAUUCUGGAAAAGAAGAGGUUGAAGUUGGAAAAGAAACAAGCUAAGAAGUUAGCUAAGAAAGAAAAGAAGGAGAAGAAGAAGGAAGAGAAGGAAGAGAAGGAAGAGAAGGAAUUGAAUAAAAAGAAGGAAAAGAAGAAUAAAGACAAGGAUAAUAACAAAAAGAAUAAGAAGGAGAAAAAGGAGGAAGCUGUAAAGGCUACUCAAGAUGAACCAUCAUCUAAACAUAGCUCUUUCGGAUACACCCAAUCAUCGAAAUUAACAAAUACUCCCCAAUCAACAAUUGAUGAAUUUUUAUCAACGAAUGAAGUAACUAUUGAAGAUCCACAACAUCUCAACUACAAACCAAUUCUUGCAUUCGAUCAAAUUGACUUGGACUCCACCAUAUCUUCCAAAUUGACUAAAUUUGCCAAACCAACCCCCAUACAAUCGAUUUCAUGGCCCUUUUUACUUGAUGGUAAAGAUGUAAUUGGAGUAGCAGAAACUGGAUCAGGAAAGACAUUUGCAUUCGGCGUUCCAGCAAUCAACAACAUCAUCACUAAUGGAUCCACUAGUGACCUUAGUGUAUUGUGUAUUUCACCAACUCGUGAAUUGGCAUUACAGAUUUAUGAUAAUUUACAAGAAUUGACUCAAGGUACUCCCAUUUCUUGUGUUGCCAUAUAUGGAGGUGUGUCCAAAGAUGAUCAAGUUAAAAAAAUCAGACUGGGGGCCAAUGUCGUUGUUGCUACACCUGGUCGUUUAGUUGAUUUGAUUAAUGAUGGAGCUAUUGAUUUAAGUCUGAUUAAUUAUUUAGUUCUUGAUGAAGCUGAUCGUAUGUUGGAAAAGGGAUUUGAGGAAGAUAUCAAACAUAUAAUUGGAUCCACAAAUGCAGAAAAUAGACAAACAUUGAUGUUCACUGCGACUUGGCCUAAGGAAGUUCGGGAAUUGGCUAAUAAUUUUAUGAAACUGCCUAUAAAAUUGACAAUUGGAGAUCGCGAUGAAUUGAGUGCUAACAAACGAAUUACUCAGAUCGUUGAAGUCUUGGAUGAUAAAUUUCAAAAAGAACUGAAAUUAAUCUCCCUUUUAAACAAAUAUCAACACAAUGGAAAUGGACAAGACAACAAGAUUUUGGUAUUUGCAUUAUACAAAAAGGAAGCUUCAAGAAUCGAAUCCUUAUUACGUCGAAAUAGAUUCAAAGUUGCCGCAAUCCAUGGUGAUUUAUCGCAACAACAACGUACCCAAGCUCUCAAUUCAUUCAAACUGGGCGAAUGCAGCUUACUUUUAGCCACUGAUGUUGCCGCUAGAGGUUUGGAUAUCCCCAACGUCAAAUACGUCAUUAACUUAACAUUUCCGUUGACAAUUGAAGAUUACGUUCAUAGAAUAGGAAGAACAGGAAGAGCAGGUCAAACAGGUGUUGCUCAUACUUUGUUUACUGAAGAUGAAAAACAUCUUAGUGGUGCUUUGUGUAACAUCUUGAGGGGAGCUAAUCAACCGGUGCCUGAACAAUUGUUAAAGUUUGGUGGUCAUACGAAAAAAAAGACUCAUUCUGUGUAUGGAGCUUUCUAUAAGGAUGUUGACAUGACCAAGACAGCAAAGAAGAUUAAAUUUGAUUAG